AUGGACACUACUUUGCCGGACGCUGGUUUAGCUCAGGCAAGCUUUUCGGCGGCACAAGGUUCAGCUCCUGCUGUGUAUGAAGCUUCAAAUGAAGCGGGCACAUUUGCUCCAAGAAUCAAGGUUGAUGACCCGCCAAAAUUCGAUGUUGAAUCCUACAUAGCGAAUUACACUGGCCGGACCCGAUUCCACCGCCUCUACCUCAUCGGCACUACCUCUACAUUGCUCGCCACGGACGUCCUCAAAGCCGCAGUUGCCGAAGCGAAAGCUGGAAAGAAUGUAGAACUAUACGAGAAAGCUGUGCGUGCGCUCUCAGAAGUUGCCCCCACGGAGCCUGAAGCUUCUCUCGACUUGUCAUGGGUACAAGAAGUUCAACGGUCGGUGCGGGCACAGACCGACCGCUUGGAGCAUGAACUGCGGGGAUACAAAAACAAUUUAAUCAAGGAAAGCAUUAGGAUGGGCAAUGAGGAUCUGGGAAAUCACUUUUACGAAACUGGUGAACUGAUCGCCGCGGCAAAGGCUUACUCCCGCAUGCGAGACUACUGCACCACACCAAAUCACAUCGCCAACAUGCUGUUCAAGCUAAUCAACGUGGGCAUUGAACGCGAGGAUUGGCUCAAUGUUCAAUCCAACGUUCACCGACUGCGAAGCAGCGCCCAAACAAAGCCGGACGAACACGUCAAGGACCAGCCUAAGAUGAUGGCAGCCCAGGGCUUAGCUCUGAUGCAUGCACGCUCAUAUUAUGAUGCAGCUAUCAGUUUCCUCUCGACCGAUUCUUCCCUUGCCGACACCUUCAACGAGGUCAUUACACCCAACGAUGUCGCCGUGUACGGCGGCCUCUGUGCCCUUGCAUCCAUGGACCGCAACGAACUACAGCGUCGCGUGUUGGACAACAGCUCCUUCCGCAUUUUUCUCGAGCUUGAGCCACACAUUCGUCGGGCGAUUGGCUUCUUCUGCAAUUCUAAAUUCCGUCCUUGCCUCGAUAUUUUGGAAUCCUACCGCGUCGACUAUCUUCUCGACGUUCAUCUCCAGCGUCACGUCAGCGAGCUUUACUCUCGAAUUCGUGUGAAAUCGAUUGAGCAGUAUCUUGUCCCCUUCAGUCGAGUCACUCUUGACUCAAUGGCAACCAUCUUUGCCCCCAACGUUGUGGGCGGAGAAGCCCAGCCAACCGGGUCCAAGUCACCUUUUGUGAAAGAGCUUAUCGAUCUCAUCAAGCGCGGUGUUCUGGACGCUCGCAUUGACCUCGAAAAGGGCGUGCUUGUGUCAAAUGAGACUAAUUUGCGGGAGGAAGUACAGACCAAAACCUUGGAAAGCAUGAAGGCCUUUAACGAAGAAGCUCACAUUCGCCUUCUGCAUGCGACCGUUCUUCAAGCUGGUUUACAAGUGCCCGCCGCUCCCAAGCCUGGGCGCCGUCCACAGAUGGAUACACGCGACGGAGCCGGAGCUCCACCGCACUUUUAG